UCGGGGACCCGGGUCCUCUGCCUUCAGAAAAUCAGAAGUCUCUGUCGUCCGCAGCCGCCUCGCUAGGAUUUCGUUUGUCCCCAAAUCGCCCCCAAAUCCGCCGCCGAUCCCCAACCUCAACCCACCACCCAUGGCGGCCGAGGACAAGAAGAUCACGCUCAAGUCCUCGGACGGCGAGCAGUUCGAGGUGGACGAGGCGGUGGCGAUGGAGUCGCAGACGAUCCGCCACAUGAUCGAGGACGACUGCGCCGACAACGGGAUCCCGCUCCCCAACGUCAACGCCAAGAUCCUCUCCAAGGUCAUCGAGUACUGCAGCAAGCACGUCCAGGCGGCCGACGGCGCCGCGGCGGCGGACGGAGCUCCCGCCCCGGCCCCCGCCGUGGACCUCAAGAACUGGGACGCCGAGUUCGUCAAGGUCGACCAGGCCACCCUCUUUGACCUCAUCCUCGCCGCCAACUACCUCAACAUCAAGAGCCUGCUCGACCUCACCUGCCAGACCGUCGCCGACAUGAAGGGCAAGACCCCCGAGGAGAUCCGCAAGACCUUCAACAUCAAGAACGACUUCACCGCCGAGGAGGAGGAGGAGAUCCGCAGGGAGAACCAGUGGGCUUUCGAGUAAUUCUGCACCCUGCCGCGUUUGCUCGUCGUUUCAACGCUUCUUUUAUCUCCACAUCGCCCCGGUGAAGCUGUAAAUUUACAUAUCUAAUUUACUAGUUAGUUGGAUCGAAAGAGUUGUAAAGUGACAUCAAUUUUGAUCGAUGGUGGUUGAUAGUGCAAUUAUUCUGUCAGCACUUCUUCA